AUGGAAGAAGAGUCGAAUGAUGACAGGACAAAUACAGCUGAGAGCAAUGACAAUGAAAAUGAUGCAGUGAACAGUGGCAGUAAACAGCAACAGAUCAACGAAUUGCCGCUAUCUCGAAUCAAAGCGAUCAUGUUCAGUAGCAAUGAGCAGGUACCCGUAUCGAGCGAGGGCCUCUUCGCGAUGACCAAAGCUUGUGAAUUAUUUAUCAGUAAACUGGCAAGAGAAACGUACGAAACGAAUAAUAAACCGUCAUGUAUUGAGUACUCUCAUCUGGCUGAAUAUGUGCAAGAAAAUGAUGAACUAGAGUUUAUACACGGUAUGUUAUUUUUUAAAAUUUAUGUUAUUCAUUAA